AUGGGCCCUCGAGGGGAGCCCAGCCCAGCACGAGGGCCACAAGCAGGGGAGGCCCUCAAGGAUGCUGCUCCACAGGGCCUGCGGAUGGGGAUGGCCAUGGAGCCCUGCCCUGAAGAACAGUACUGGGAUCCCCUGCUGAACAUGUGCCUCUCUUGCAAACCCAUCUGCAGCCAUCAGAUUCCUCGCACCUGUGCAGCAUUCUGCAAGUCACUCAGUUGCCGCAAGGAGGAAGGCAGCUACUAUGACCAGCUCCUGAGGAACUGCAUCAGCUGUGCCUCCAUCUGCGGACGUCAUCCCAAGCAAUGCACAUAUUUCUGUGAGAACAAGUUCAGGAGCCACGUGAACCUCCCACCAGAGCUCAGGAGACAGCGAGCUGGGGAAGCUGAAACCAGGUCAGACAACUUGGGAAGGUACCAGGGAACAGAGCACAGAGGCUCGGAGGCAGCUUUGUGGCACCCCUCAGGGCUGAAGCUGAGCACCGAACAGUUGGCCCUGGUCUACAGCACUCUGGGGCUCUGCCUCUGUGCCAUCAUCUGCUGCUUCAUCCUGGCGGUGGCCUGCUUCCUCAAGAGGAGAGGGGACCAAUUCUCUUGCCAGCCCUCACCAGCACCAUGCCGGUCCCAGGCCAAGUCCUCCAAGGAUCACUGGAUGGAAGCGGGCAGCGCCACGGGCGCGCCGCCGCCAGAGCCGGUGGAGACGUGCAGCUUCUGCUUCCCGGAGCGCAGGCAGCCCACCCAGGAGAGCGCGGGCGCGCCCGGGACCCCCGACACGGCGCCCUCGGGGCGGCGCGGGCUCCUCGGCCUCGGCGCCCCCGCUCGGCCCUGCGCGCGCGCCCCGGACCGCGGCCUCGAGGUCCUUCGUGUCUCCCCUGCGGUGACUCUGGAGGUCCCACCUCUCCCGCUCGCCUCCCUGGGCUCAAGGCUCCACCGCAGCGAAGCCGCCUGGUUUCCGAAGACCUGCGAGUUGACCAUCCCCACCAGGCUCAGGACCCGCCGAGCUCGGUGA